AUGUCUCCCAGCUCGAUUAAAGAUGCGGCGACGCCUAGUCGACACCUCCCAGAACGGGUGAAUCCCCUGAUGGCCGAGGAGGUUCCACCAUAUGAGACUCUCGUCACUCGUCGUCGCCUGGGGCAGACCGACCUCGCGGUCAAGACGGGCCAGGCUGGAGUGAAGCCGAAAAACCUAGGCACCUUUGACUACGCGCAUCUACGAGCUCCGCUGCCGAAAGGAAUCAUGUCUGGGAUCUUCCACCCUUCGCCGGCCUCAUAUUUCCUGAUGCGCCGGAGCAAUGAUGGAUAUAUCAGUGCGACGGGGAUGUUCAAGGCAACUUUCCCGUAUGCGGAGGUAGCUGAGGAAGAUAUGGAGCGCAAAUAUGUCAAGGGUCUCGAGGACACCAGUGCUGAUGAGACCGCUGGCAACGUCUGGAUUCCCCCUCAGAGCGCACUCAAGCUCGCCGAAGAAUACCAGAUCCUGCCCUGGAUUCAAGCGCUUUUAGAUAAUACGCCUAUCGAGGUUAAUCCUACGAGAGAUGGCUCACCAAAGCCAAUCAGCUCGCCUCCCAGCUUCUUUCUUUUGCCACAAGAAGCGCUUGCGCCGCCAACACCCAGCCGUGGUCGUACGCGUCGGUCUGCCUCCCCGAGCAAGAUUGCUUCCCCAAGAAAAACCGUCGGCUCGACGAGAGCACGGAAGUCGAAAAAGGAAGACUCGGUGGAGCCGUCAGCUAAGGCUGCCAGCAAGAAUUUCCAGCAAGCGUUGAAAGCAGCUGCCAACGAGGAUACCGAAUCCAAGAAGGCUACCGAAAAGGAGAAGGCUCCCGAAAAGGAGAAGACUUCCGAAAAGGAGAAACCCGAGGAGACCGCUGAAGAACUUGCGAACGUUGAAGAAGAACCUGUUGUCCGUGUCAACGUUGACACGGAGGUAGAAGUCAAGGGUGACGUGGAGACAACUCAUACACACGUGGAGGUUGAGAUGCCAGCUGGUUCGGCUGAGUUGCCAUUGCCUGAAGACACCGAAGCCAUGAUCGCCAAAGCGAAGGAAAUGGUCGAGGCAGCAACGAAGAACCAAAACGCAAGUGAUGCAGCUCCUCCAAAGAGGUCUAAGCGGAAAGCAGAGGAGGUCGAGGAUACGGAGAAGGAAGAGGGCGCCGAAGUCCCCGCCCCAGCAAAGAAAGUAAAGGUGGAUUCUGAGCUUAAGAAAGAGAGAGUGAAGACAAGAGCAUUGAUUGGAAUCAGCGCUACGCUAGCUCUUGGUGCCGCGGUUCAAUAUGCAUUCAGUGUCUUGUGA